AUUUUAACUUUCGCAUCACACAGUGUAUAGAACUUUAAAAAAAAACAAAAAUCUAUCCCGCAUCGUGAAAUUGUUACGAAAUUAUCAAAACCGUCAAUCAUCUAAAACCCGGCAGAAAUUAUGUCUUUAUUACUAAGGAAGAUAGGUUACACUGGCCUAAGCACCUUUGCCGGUUCCAGAAACAAUUUGGUGACUCGGACGCUUUGUGCAGCUGCUUCACUUGACAGCAAAGAAAUCGAUAAGCUGGUUAAGAACAACAAAGUAGUUGUGUUUAUGAAGGGCAAUCCGGAUGCACCCCGAUGCGGAUUCAGUAACGCUGUGGUGCAAAUUCUGCGGAUGCAUUCGGUCCAGUACGAUAGCCACGAUGUGUUGUCGAACGAGGCUUUGCGACAGGGUAUAAAGGAUUACUCAAACUGGCCAACAAUACCGCAGAUUUUCAUCAACGGCGAAUUCGUAGGCGGAUGUGACAUAAUGCUCCAGAUGCAUCAAAACGGUGAACUUGUCGAAGAGCUGAAAAAAGUGGGCAUCAAAAGUGCUCUGGUGAUGGCUGACGAAUCCGGAGAGAAUCAAAAGAAAUAAUAGGAUGUUUAAAGUUCAUUCUCGUGUAGAGUUAUGAAUAUUUUUUUUUGUUGCUUCGAA